AGCUAAGCUAACAGCUAGUUAAAGAGCACUCCCUGCAAUCAGGUCGUGCUCUUCUUUGUCUUUCUCUGACCCACUAGCGAUGACGGAGUUCCUUCCACAGCCUUGCCUUUGUGUUUCAUGAAAGAGAGGCCCUGCGGAUAUUAUUUUUUCCACCCAGAGUUGUGCGUGUAUGUUUUUUUUUUGUUUUUUCAGUCUAACACUGUCUGAGAAAUAUGGCGGAUGGCGGGCAUUACUACAACGAGCAUGAUGAUAGAACCGCACCACAGUUUCGCAACCGUAAAGGCCGAGGUUCCCACAAAGGUCGGUCGUAUGACAGGUCCCGCAGAGACCGCCAACGGGGAGGCCACCCAGGUGGCUUUGGUGGUCCUGGACCACGGUCUAGGCUUGAAGAUACUGAUGGAGAUGUCACUAUGAGUGAUGGCGCACAGGACAACAAUUCCCAGCACAGAUUUAACCCAUACGGAAGACCUUUUCGGAAAGGAGAUGGACGAUUUGACCGAGAUAGGCGACAAGGCAAAGGGGGAGGAGGCGGUAGAGGAGGAGGAGGCGGCGGCUUCAGGGGAGGAGACCGAGGUGGAGGAAGCGGCAGUGGAGGAGGGAAAAACCAGUCAGGCUGGUCCAAAGUAACGAUUCCACAUGGAAGAAAAUAUGACAAAAAAUGGUUAUUGACAGCUCUUCAGAACAUCUGUUCAGUUCCCUUCACACCUGUACAGUACCAUGUUGACCAUGACAGGGCACAUUUCUACGUGGAUGAUUCCCCUGCUGCCAAUGCUUUACGCAAAUGUUCUCACAAGAUCACUGACACAGAUGGUUAUAAGGUGGAGGUACACGUCAACGGCAGUGCUCCACCAUCUUUCCUCCUCUCUGACCUGAAGCCAGACCACCUGGAGCAGCUGAAGCAAUGCAUGGCAAAACGUUUUGAUGGUUCCCAGCAAGCACUUGACUUGAACAACAUCCGAACAGACCCUGACCUGGUGUCCCACAAAAUUGAAGUCACCUUGAAUCGGAAGACACACAUGGAAGCUGUCAUCAGGAUCAUUGAAGAAAACAUUCCAGAGCUGGCUUGCUUGAACAUGAGCAACAACCGUAUUCACAAACUGGAUGAACUCGCUGAAUUGGUUACCAAGGUGCCUAAUCUGAAGACCCUUAACCUUUCCCACAAUGAGCUGAAGUCUGACCGGGAGCUGGACAAGGUGAAAGGCCUGAAGCUGGUGGAGCUGUGGCUGAACAGGAACCCUCUGUGUCUCUACUUCAAGGAUCAGGCGUCAUACAUCAGUGCUGUGCGGCAGAGGUUUCCCCGGCUUCUCAAACUGGAUGGUCAUGACCUCCCCCCACCCAUUGGAUUUGAUGUGGAAACACCCACCACCAUCCCUCCGUGCAAGGGCAGCUGUUUUGGUUCCGAUGAAAUCAAGGCUCUCAUCCUUCGCUUCUUGCAACAGUACUACAGUAUAUACGACUCGGGGGACAGACAGCCGCUUCUGGAUGCUUACCAUGAUGGAGCAUCUUUAUCCCUCACAACACCUUACUCCACCCAGAAUCCCUCCAGGAGCAGUCUGGGAGAGUAUCACAAAGACAGUCGAAACCUGAAGAGGAUCAAAGACUCCACGAUGAGAUUUCGACUUCUGAAGCACACGCGACUGAACGUAGUGGCUUUCCUCAACGAGUUGCCCAAAACACAGCACGACAUCGCCUCCUUUACUGUCGACGUAAACACCUACACAAACACACUACUGUCAUUCACAGUGAGUGGAGUCUUCAAAGAAGUUGCUGUUGAUGGUAAAUCCCGAGACUCCACCAUGGCCUUCUCUCGAGUUUUAAUCACAGUCCCAGCAGGGGGUUCUGGUUUGUGCAUCGUGAACGACCAGCUCUUCAUCCGGAUGGCCACAACAGAGGAGAUCCGCCGCGCUUUUGUGGCUCCCGCCCCGACUCCAUCAUCCAGCCCCGUCCCCACCCUCACUGCACCGCAGCAAGAGAUGCUUACAGCCUUCUCACAGAAGUCUGGCAUGAACCUGGAAUGGUCCCAAAAGUGUCUGCAAGACAAUGAGUGGGAUUUCAACAGGGCGGCACAAAUCUUCACUCAGUUAAAGACGGAAGGCCAGAUCCCUGAUGUUGCUUUCAUAAAAUGAAGAGUUGAAUCAUACAUAUGUGAAAUAAAAUCCUCAGUAAUUUUAUUUAUCCUAUUUGUUUUAUCCUUCACUGUUGACUUUUGUUUUAUUAAAAAUAAUGUAGAUCAAGUUUCUUUGAUCUGAUUACUUUAAUUACUGUUUUGUUUUAGCAGCCAAAUGUCAACAGUUUGAUCUAAAGACUGAUGUUAUGAUACCAUCUUUGGUUGUCAUCGUAAUCUCAGUUUUUGAUCAUUUGUAUAGAAAUCACUACAUGUUUUCAUAGGAAUAAAGACGAAUGGCUAACUUUGUU